GUUCAUUGUUCUUGUAGUUUACUCUUUCAAUACAAUCCUGUCUCUAUCAAACCCACUUUUUUUUUUGUUGAAUUAUUUCUUUAUUAUCUAAUUCUAACCUUUCAUGGAUUCUUCACUUAACCUUGGUCUAUUCUUUCACGCUAACGCUCCUUUCACUUUUCUUGGCAGACUUUUGGGUAAUUAUUGUAGGUAGAGAAACUUGAGGUAUCUUGCCCACUAUUCGUCAUGUUUUGAUCUUGUACAGUAAGAGAACUGCAACUUUACUUUCCUUUUUCCAACGCUUGGGAACUUUUCUGCUCUACUUGAAACCUGAAAUUGUUGAUUAAUGGCGGAAUUGGUGGGUCCUCGGUUGUACAGCUGUUAUAAUUGUCGAAACCAUGUUUCUCUUCAUGAUGAUAUAAUUUCUAAGGCUUUUCAGGGAAGAAAUGGCCGAGCAUUUCUGUUCUCCCACGCAAUGAAUAUUAUUGUAGGUGCUAAAGAAGAUAGGCAUCUGAUAACUGGUCUCCAUACUGUUGCUGAUAUCUAUUGUGCUGAUUGCCGUGAGGUGUUGGGUUGGAAGUACGAGCGAGCUUAUGAAGCAUCUCAGAAGUACAAGGAAGGGAAAUUCAUACUUGAGAAGUCGAAAAUUGUUAAGGAAAACUGGUAACAACCUGCUAGGAUCCUCCUUCGGUUUGUUCCAGCAUUGAUUGUUAAGCAUAUAGUUCUUGGUAAUGUUCAUGUUGUAAAGAAACUGAUCAGAAUUGAAAUUGUCAUUGUUUGUCACUGUCAUUCUUGCCAUGUUCCACAUCUGAAAGAUAUUUGAAGUCUUGAUUUAUCUGUUAAUAAAAUUAUUUUCACAAAA